GCGCAGCGGGCGCUCUCGGAGUGCAGAGCGCUUUCUCGGCGCUCCGGACCCCAGGCCGGGCCGGGGAGCGGACAUCCGAGCACCCGCAGAGCGAGUCCGUCCCCGCCACGCCCACGCCGCGCCGCGCCCGCUGUCGCUGGAGGGCGGGGCUGUGACGGCCCAGGACUGCGCUCGCGCCCCGCGGGUCCGGGAUGCUCGGCGCCCAGCGGCCGGGAGCCGGGGCGCGCGCGGGCUGAGCCGGGGCGGCGAGCGAGGCGCGAGGCGGAGACCCGGCGUCGGGGAGUGCGGCUGGGGGGCCGGGUCCCGAAGACCCCGAGCCACCCGGGAGCCCGGCGAGUGUCCGCCCCACCGGGAUCCGCGCCACCCGAACGUGCAGGAUCGCCGGGCCCGCGGCUCCCUGGGCCGGGGGCGAUGCCCGGGCGGCUGCGGACGGGCGGCGGCAGGAGGCCCUGGGCGGGCGCGGGCCUGGAGCCCCGGUUCUAGGGACCCGAGGCUCCUCUGCGACGGGACUCGGCCUCGCCGCCGCCUUCGCGAUGGCCUCGGAGGUGGUGUGCGGGCUCGUCUUCAGGCUGCUGCUGCCCAUCUGCCUGGCAGUCGCGUGCGCGUUCCGGUACAAUGGGCUCUCCUUCGUCUACCUGAUCUACCUCCUGCUCAUUCCUCUCUUCUCAGAACCAACAAAAGCUACGAUGCAAGGACACACGGGCCGGCUGCUCAAGUCCCUGUGCUUCAUGAGCCUCUCCUUCCUGCUGUUCCACAUCAUCUUCCACAUCACCCUGGCCAGCCUCGAGGCGCAGCACCGCGUCGCACCCGGCUACAACUCCGGGCCCUGUGAGGCCCCAUUCCGAGUGGCCACGUUCCCCUCUCUUUCUGUCCCCGGCCCAGGACACCCACCAGCAUUGGUGCAGCAUCGCUGA